AUGCGACAUGUCAACGGCAAUACGCCUACUCAAAUUAAAGACGAGUUGGACGCUGGGUACGGGGACUCUGCACCAUCAUUUGUCACCGUGAAAUUUUGGGCAGCUGAAUUUAAACGUAGCCGUACCAACUUGGGUGACGAUGAACGUUUGGGAUGGCCAAAAACUGCAACCACUGACGAUAACAUCGCUCAAGUUCACCAAAUGGUGCUAGACAACCGUCGAAUUAAAGUUAGAGAGAUAGCAGAGGCUGUGAACAUGUCUAAAGAACGUGUUUCUCACAUAUUGAAUCAAGAUUUAGAUGAAACUUGGAUACACCAUUAUACUCCAGAAACAAAAACACAGUCAAAACAGUGGACUGCGAAAGGGGAAUUGGCUCCAAAAAAGGCAAAGGCCUGUUUCUUCGGCUGGGAAAGUGAUGGCGACUGGGAUAGUCAUGGACUAAAAGUUGCGCUCGGAGGACAGAGAUUUUCGUCAAAUGAGGAGGCCAUCACCUUCGUAAACAACUAUUUUGUAGAGAAAGACGCCAAGUACUAUUUGGACGGGUUGAAGAGAUGGGAGCAUCGCUGGGAGAAGUGUAUAGACUUACAAGGAGACUAUGUAGAAAAAUAA